AUGCUGCUGCUCCUUCUGCUCACAAAUGCUUUUGUCCUUCUGCCUUGGGCUGGGGCUGGAAGGAUCAUUGGUGGAACGAAAGUGAAGGCUCACUCCAGACCCUACAUGGCUUACUUAAAAAUUGAAAAUAGCUCAGAUAUUUAUACCUGUGGAGGGUUCCUGAUUCGCCCAGAUGCAGUUCUCUCAGCAGCUCACUGUGUGGAUAAAAAAGGCAGGGCCGUGAGGGUCACUGUGAUUCUGGGAGCCCACAACAUAAACAGCCGAGAACGGAGCCAGCAAAAGAUCCGUGUGAGACAAUGGGUCAUCCAUCCUGAAUAUUCCCAUGAAGGCUUCAAAAAUGACAUCGUGCUGCUGAAGCUGAAGCCAAGGGCCAGGAUCAAUAAGAAUGUGCAGUUUAUCUCAAUUCCCAGGAGAAAUGAACGGGUGAGAGAAGGAGCUUUAUGCACGGUGUCUGGCUGGGGCCGGACAUCUGACACAGGAAACAAGACUAAUGUGAUGAGAGAAGUGAAACUGAAGGUGCAAAAGGAGAAAAUCUGUCAGCAUCGUAUCCCUAACUACCAGCCUCAGUCUAUGAUCUGUGUUGGUGACGAAAACAAUAAAAAAGCAACUUCCCAUGGUGAUUCUGGUGGCCCAUUAGUCUGCAAGAAGAAGGCUCAUGGCAUUGUUUCUCAUGCACUCAAAGAGAACCGCUUCCCUGAGGCAUUCACCAGGAUCUCCCACUUUGAGCCCUGGAUCCGUGAGCAGCUGACAAGGUUUUCACUCCAAGAUAUUCCUGGCUCUCCAUCCUCUGACUAA